AUGACGACUCGCUGGGGAAACCGGUUUGCUGUUCUGGAAAGCCAUCACGGCGAAGACGACGAGCCCGAAUCGCCCAAGAACAAGAACAAGGAGAGCAAGAGCGUCCUGCCGGGAUCGCCCAAGAAAGCCAUCAACGAACAAGGUCGAUCGAGCUCAGUCUCGAGGAACAAGCAAACCGGACAGCCGAAGAACAAGAUGGCCACCCGGCCGGUCGAAGUUUCAGAUCAGAUGGCCGUCGGUCUGCGCGGCCGAAACACCGCCCCGACCCAAUCUGAUGACGAUUUACUCGAGAAAGGCGCCGGGAAAGCCAGCACCCCUCCUCCUACCUCCGAAAAAAAUCACGCCCGAGUCGCUAAGAAAAAGUCCAAAAAUCUCAUCAAACUCUCCAAAAGGGAUGCCAAACUUUCCGAACCCCAUCCCCCCGCGCCAUCCAUGGCCGCCCUUUCGUCGAAGGAUAAACGGGCAAUGGCCCUCUUGGUCGUCUUGUAUAUGCUUCAGGGUAUCCCCGUCGGUCUGGCGUUUGGAUCGGUCCCAUUCUUACUGCGAGCACGAUUGUCAUACACACAAAUCGGGCUGUUCUCGCUGGCCUCAUAUCCGUACUCGUUGAAGCUUCUAUGGUCGCCGAUCGUCGACUCGUGCUACUUCCCUAGCAUCGGCCGACGAAAAUCCUGGAUCAUCCCCGUCCAGGCCCUUGUUGGUGUCACCCUAUGGUGGCUAGGCGACCACGUCAGCGUCCUCAUGGAUGCUGAGAUCCCUGACGUCAAAACCUUAACCGUCCUGUUUUUCACUCUCGUCAUGUUUGCGGCUACUCAAGACAUUGCUGUCGAUGGCUGGGCUUUAGAAUUACUCUCUCAGGACAAUCUAUCCUAUGCAUCAACCGCACAAACCGUAGGAUUGAACAUAGGAUACUUCCUCUCGUUCACCGUCUUUCUGGCUUUCAAUAUGACCCUAUACCUAAGUUUCUUUCAAACCGAGGAUCCGGUCGAUAAAGACUCGCCAGAAUCUAACAUGGAUGUCAAGAAGGUUUACCAGAUCAUGUAUGAGAUUUGCAAGUUAAAACACGUCCAAAGCUUCAUCCUUCUACACUGUAUCGCCAAGUUGGGUGUCAGUGUCAAUGACGCUGCGACCAGUCUGAAACUUCUCGAGAAAGGCUUGAGUAAAGAGGAUAUGGCACUCAGCGUCCUCAUCGAUUUUCCAUUCCAAAUCUUCUUGGGUUACUUUGCUGCGAAAUGGAGCAGCGGAGAUAAACCCUUGCAGCCGUGGAUCUGGGCCAUGUGGUUUAGAUUGGCCUUCAGCGCAUGGAAUGUCGGACUGGUCUACUUUUUUCCCGAGGCUAAACCACUCUCAAACUCAUAUUUCAUACUGGUGAUUGCCUCUACGGUCAUGUCAAGUUUUGCUAGCACCGUCCAAUUUGUCGGGAUAUCAGCCUUCCACACUCAAAUUGCAGACCCCCUGAUCGGAGGCACUUAUAUGACCUUACUCAAUACCGUCUCCAACCUCGGAGGGACUUGGCCCAAGUACUUUGUCCUGAAGGGCGUCGACUUCUUCACCGAGGCAAAUUGUUUGAUUCCGAAUGCCAAUAGUACUCAACGGGAGAUCGACGGUAAAGAAUGUGUCUCGGAUUUGGGCAAAGCCAAAUGCACAGAUUUUCACGGAAACUGUCAUACGACGAAGGACGGCUACUACAUCAUGCAGGCUAUUUGUAUCACACUUGGCGCGCUCCUCUUACUACUUGUGAUCGGUCCGGCCUCAAGAAAACUGGGUGCACUCCCUGCACGCGCAUGGCACGUCCGGAAAGCGUUGUGA